CUUUUGUGUACACUAAAAAAAGAUCUUAUAAUUCUUUGUCAUUGACUGUCUUUGUCAUUUACUACUUUUUUACAGAUUACCAGCGUGAUUUUUUCAACAUAGAAGAAUAUGUUGAAAUCAAAGGAAACCGACAAUGUAUCAGAAGGAGUUAUUCGGGAAAUAAUUACCGAUUGUGCUUCCAAAGGGGUGACAGUUGAUGAAGCAUUGGCAGCUUAUGUGAUAAAGUUAACAGUGUUAGAUCCUGCUCAUGGAUUCAUACAAGAUCAACCUCUUGGAACUGAAGAUCUGUGUAAGCUUGUGGCCCUCUGCAUAGAGAAACUCCUAAAGGAAAAUUGUCCAUAUCUUUCCACAAUAAAAAUGCAAGUGGAAUUUCAAACUCAUCAUCGAACCAGAAAACAACAGGUAGCAGAGAUUGAAGCAAGUAUUAAAAAGAGUACAGGUCCCCUAUUGAGAGAGAUUACAGAUGCAAGUUCAAAAUACAAAGAUGAUCUAGAAAAGCUUUAUAAGAAGAUAAUAGCAGCUAUUAUUCUCAGAUCUGGCCUUGGAAAUCCCACAAAUAUUGGUGUAAUGAAGGAAGCAACAGCUGCUCUACAAAGUGUCUUCCCACCUUCAGAAUUAGGACAGUUUCUAGCUCUGACACGAAGAGAAAAAGAACAGCAAGUUUAUGAACUUACUCAAAUUGUGACGGGAAUCAGACUUUUCAAUCGUGAUUGCCAAAAAGGGGGUGAAGGCAUAGAUGAUCUGCCACACAUUCUGGAUGAGGCAAAUCAUGCUACCCAGGAGGCUCUCAAGACAUAUUUACAUAAAAUCAUGCAACAAAUUGAUACAUUAACCACUACCCUUGAAAUUCAUUUACACAAACAAAAUGAAGAUAACACAGCAGAAUCACAAGGAGAAGAGGAGGAUUACAUUGAAGUUCCAGAUGAAGAAAUAAUAUUCCUCAAAGGUUGUCUUAUUGCUGCUAGGCAGCAAGAAAUUUACACAAGGAAACUACUGGCUGAAGUAGUCUCAUCAGAAGGAAUUCUUCAAGAAUUAUUAGAUCAUUUGACAAAGAGGCUAGUACAGCUUCAUGAUACUGUUCGCUUCAGAACAGCGAUACCUACAGUUGAAGUAUAUGUAUUAGAUCUAAUUGACAUGGACAUUGUAAAAUAUUUAAUUGGGAACAGGCAAAUUUUGACUGACGUUGACAGACUUAGUAACAAACCAGGUCUCUCAAUUAGCGGAAAGUUAGACACAUCCUGUGAGCACAUAUCACCAUCUGCAGCUAACUUUAAUGAUUUCUCUCCACAAUAUUUAGGAUUCUGUGCUUGGGCUGUUGUUGCUGGAGAAGGAAUUCUUAUUCCAGGAAAUCUGAACAUUGGUUUAAUAAGAUGGAAUGAUAACUAUUAUGCUUGUUCUACUGCAGAAGCUGCAGUUUUAUUUGGGCAAAAUCCUGAAAGAUUUGUCACUGAUGCUCUCAACCUAGCUCGAAGAAUACCAGAAUUGGUGGAAUUACUUCAAUUGCAAGAUCAACUUGCCCAACAGAAAGACAUAAGGGAAAAAGUUGGGAAAGAAAUACUUGCAGUAAAACAAGACACUGGCAUGCAAACAGUGCUCCAUCCAAUACCUCCGUGUACUGACAAUAAAUAUACAUGGAAUGUUUGGAAACUAAAGCGACGAGCCAUUCAAUUGACUAACAUUGCAAACAGUGCAACACACAGCACUCAAACAAUUAAAAGUCACUUCAGAUCAGAAGUACCAUUGCAAGCAGGCCCAUCAAAGGAGAAGAGUUGUCAAACUAAAAAAGACAGCUCUACAAAUGUCCCAACACUUGGGAGCUUCAUAUUUGGAUUACGUGGAAGAAGAGAUGACAAGCAGUUUAAAAUACAUCUUACUCGACCUGUAGACGAAUAGACAACCAAUAAUAUCCGAUUCAACAUUUGAUCCAAUUUAACACACACUAUCACUUAGAAUUUCUUUGAAAAGUAUUCUUUGCAAUAAAUUUUUAACAUUUGUUAAUGUGAACUAUUCAAGUUUGAAAUAUGAAGAUGUGCCAUUUAUUUCCAUGUUACCUCUGUCCAAUUCAAGUAACAAUUGACAUACUAUUCAUAACUUGCAUUAUCCUACCUUUAACAAUCCAUGGCUUCUAGUAAC